UUAGGCUUCUUAAGGUGGAUUGAAGCUGUCAGGGAAGCUUCAUUAGUCGUCACAGGGAGGCAAGGCUGUGACUCAUGCCUGCGUGCACACAGACCAAUGGGCAGCGCGAGCCUCGCGUAUAAAUAACGAAUAAAAAUAUUCUUCAGGGAGAAGAAAGGGUCACUGGCGCGCGGCUGGAUUGGAUUUUAUUAGCGCUCUCUGUUGGUAUUCCUCCUCCGUCUCCUCCUCUGGACUGUUGUGCUGCUUGUCGCGCCUGUAGGUGCCAACUGGAUCAUCUAGUUAUAGUUUGUGUGGACUCGACAACCUGUGAGCCGUUGAAUCAUUUCCCAGCUGAAGAGGAGUGAUGGCUACGUCCGAACCGAGAGCCAGCGGCGGGGAACAGGACCCCAACUCCGCCAAUUUAAGACCUCCGACCACAACAAACGAUUACGCGUGGAUGCACGGAUGCACACGGAAACUGGGAAUGAAGAUCUGUGGGUUCCUGCAGAAGAACAACAGCCUGGAUGAGAAGGGGAGGCUCGCGGGACAGAAGAACCUCCUCUCGUGCGACAACAGUGACAGAGAUGCUCGCUUCCGCCUCACUGAGACGGAUUUCUCCAACCUGUUCGCUAGAGACCUGCUGCCAGCCAAAAAUGGAGAGGAGCCAACCAUACAGUUUCUCCUGGAGAUUGUUGAAAUCCUCACCAAUUAUGUGAAGAAGACUUUUGACCGCUCAACUAAGGUUCUGGACUUCCACCACCCACAUCAACUUCUGGAGGGCAUGGAGGGCUUCAACCUGGAGCUGUCCGACCAGCCUGAGUCCCUGGAACAGAUCCUGGUGGACUGCAGGGACACGCUCAAGUACGGGGUCCGGACAGGUCAUCCACGUUUCUUCAACCAGUUGUCUUCUGGUCUGGACAUCAUUGGACUGGCUGGGGAGUGGCUCACUUCUACCGCUAACACCAACAUGUUCACCUAUGAGAUCGCUCCAGUGUUUGUAUUGAUGGAGCAGCUGACUCUGAAGAAAAUGAGGGAGAUGAUUGGAUGGCCUGACGGAGAGGGAGAUGGACUUUUCUCACCAGGGGGUGCCAUCUCUAACAUGUACAGCGUGAUGAUCGCACGGUACAAGUAUUUCCCUGAAGUCAAGACCAAGGGCAUGUCAGCUGCUCCUCGCCUCGUCCUCUUCACAUCCGAACACAGCCACUACUCCAUAAAGAAGGCUGGAGCUGCUCUGGGCUUUGGUACGGAGAAUGUGAUCCUGCUGAGCACAGAUGAGAGAGGGAGAGUCAUUCCUGCAGAUCUGGAGGCUAAAAUCAUUGAUGCUAAACAGAAGGGUUACCAUCCACUGUUUGUGAACGCCACAGCUGGUUCUACGGUGUACGGAGCUUUUGACCCCAUCAAUGAGAUCGCUGACAUCUGUGAGAAAUACAAUCUGUGGCUUCAUGUUGAUGGAGCAUGGGGUGGUGGACUGCUGAUGUCCAGGAAGCAUCGCCAUAAGCUCAGUGGAGUUGAGAGGGCAAACUCUGUCACAUGGAAUCCUCACAAGAUGAUGGGCGUCCCUCUACAGUGCUCUGCCAUCCUGGUCAGAGAGAAGGGAAUCCUGGCAGGCUGUAACUCGAUGUGUGCAGGUUACCUCUUCCAACAAGACAAACAGUAUGACGUCACCUACGACACAGGGGACAAAGCGAUCCAGUGUGGCAGACAUGUCGACAUCUUUAAGUUCUGGCUCAUGUGGAAGGCAAAGGGCACCAUUGGGUUUGAGCAGCACAUUGACAAGUGUCUGGACCUGUCUCAGUACCUCUACAACAAGAUCAAGAACAGGGAGGGGUAUCAGAUGGUGUUUGAUGGAGUGCCUCAGCACACCAACGUUUGCUUCUGGUACAUCCCGCCCAGCCUGAGAGGAAUGCCCGAUGGUGAUGAGCGGCGAGAAAAACUCCACAGGGUAGCGCCAAAGAUUAAGGCCAUGAUGAUGGAGUCUGGGACCACCAUGGUGGGCUAUCAACCCCAGGGCACCAAAGUCAACUUCUUCCGUAUGGUCGUCUCAAACCCUGCGGCCACCCAGUCUGACAUCGACUUCCUGAUAGAUGAGAUUGAGAGGCUGGGUCAGGACCUGUAGAGAUGUCAGCCAGCGCCACCCUAGUGGCCACAUGGUGAAACUACACGCUAUAUCUGCUCUAUUUCUACUGAUGUGAAACACUCACAGUGCUGCAGACAGAGUGGUGACAGGAUGUGGUUUAAAGUCUCAUCACGUCUUUCUGAACCUGGAGCAUUCUGACUGUUUCUCCAACCGAAGGAAACAAGCAAAAAGAGAGAGAGAGAGACUGUGAGCUUAGUACUCGCAAGUCCCACAUAUUUCCUCUUAGAUAAAAUAUAUAUUUACGUAUCUGGAGACUCCAGGUACAACAAACACACUCUGAUGUACGUGUGUGUUGUGGAAUCUCGUAAUGUGAGUGUGAUCCAGUUUCUCGUUCAGUGUAGUUCGUCUGUACAGGUGAGUGUGUGACUGUGAGUGUGUGUUUUUGAACAAACACUUGAAGGGAGAAAAGCACAGAUUCAAACUUUAUUAGAUUAACUAUUAAAUGAUUCCGCUGUAUCAUGUUUGCUACAAAACAGAAUGACUGGUGCUUUCAGCUGUACAUUAUAUUUAAUCUCAGUGCACACAAAGCAGCGUACAAGCCCCUUAAGCAAUGUGAGUGUGUGUGCGUGUUUAUAUGUGUGCGUGUGCAUGUGUCACACUUGAGUGUAUCCUGUCACGUAUUUUAGGCUAACAGUGUGAUAAAAUAAGCUUAUUAUGACCUAAUGUGCACACCGUAGGUAGCAAAUGUAUCCUUCUGAGAGGUGUAAAAUAACCUGUCAGAUAAAUCUGCAAUAUUUUUCCUCAUAGAAGAUUUAGAUUAAGAUUUUAAACCGUCUGCAGCUUUCCUGAGUCUGUGACGACUUUUAACGUGUAAAACGCUGGCUCGUUGUCUGUUCCAUGCAAUCAUGUGAUUCCCAUGAGUGUUUAUAACAUUGUUAAGAUAUUUGAUUAUAUAAGAUAUUUAUUGCAUUUCCACUGUUUGCAGAUUCAGGUAUUUUAUUGUAAAUGUAUCUUUAUGUGUAUUACACAGUAAUACAUUUGUAAAUGUAAUCACAGGAAGUUUAUUUAUAGUGAUUUUUGUCAGCCAAAGAAAGAGAAACGGGGAACGAGCAAUCCAUCAUCCUUCAUUUAGAACUUGUUAUAGAUUAUAGGUGUUUGUAAAAUGUUACCUAUUGACCCUUGACUGCGAUGCAAUUUCUAUCGUGUGUUUCUUUCUGUGAUUGUGAGUCUUUUUGACUGAAUGUUUUUGAGCCAACUGACUGACUGACUGGCCUUCUGAUGAGAUUAAGAAUGACGUCUGUGUAGUCCUCUGGCAGUCCUUUAUUUUAAAGAAAAGCACAAGGAUGUGAGAAUGUACUCUCUAAUAGAGACUGUGAGGAAAGGGUUGUUGUAUCUGUUGAAAUCCUGAUGCAUUUACUGUAAUAUAAUUAUAUAAUUGUAAUACAUAUUACCUGUAUUCUCAGUGUUAUGGGAGCUCAGUGGAAUAUCUUGUAAACAGAGUUCCUGUUUGUGUCUUUGCACAAUGUUCACCUUUCUUUCUUCCAUUGUAAAUGGAUGUGUACUAUGGCAGUAUAUAUAAGACUUAUUAUAUUAAAGUAUUUAUGGUAUCUAGGGACCAUAUGUGAAUGGCACAAUUGUAUAAAUCAUAUUUAAAGUAACCUGUGUCCUGUACGUGGCCAAUGACUCCUGUAUGUGACCAAUCUGGUUUUUUUGAUGAAGCCAGCAGUAGGGGAAUGAUUCCCUGGAGGUUUUCUGUAGGCACUUUAACAGAAUCAUCUGAAAAAAAUCUUUAAAUAAAGUCUAUUAAAGGAAAAAAGUGGGUCUGAUUUAUUU